GUGACAUUAAGUGCAGAGCCAACGAAGACGAUUACCGAAUAAACAUCAGAGGCAUAGCAAAAUCUAUGCAAAUAAUGCGUCGCAAUGUGCGCCAGCAACAACAGUACAACUGGGAUGAUGGCAUCAUGGAUGAUGACAACGAAUUUGUGGACAUGCAACAGUUGCCCAAUAGAAUGGUCAAUGGCCACGCAAGACUGCCACGCUUCGAGAACACGCUCGAGGUGAAAGUACAGGAAGAUGAUACGUUGCAAGCGCUUGCUUUGCGCUUCCAUUGCUCAGUGGCUGACAUUAAGCGAUUGAAUAAGAUUGACCGCGAGAACGAGAUACAUGCCCGUCGUAUUAUUCGCAUUCCGGUCACCGUGCACAAUGUCCUUCUGGGAUCGCACGAUCCGGAUGCACUGCCCGCUGUACAUCGCAGUGGCAACAACAGCCCAAGGCACAAUUUGGAAAAGGAACUUGCGAUUGAACGCAAUCCGUUGGAGGAUGCUCGCUUAAUGUUGGACGAGCGACUGCUGGUAGCUGCUGUGAACGCUGCUGAAGGACAGCCUUCACCUCGAAGGGAUGUCAAUAAGUUCUAUGAUGGCUCGGAUGAUAACGGCAACAGGGAGCAGACUUUGGAUGACAGUACAGCCUUGCUGGACGACAUGCUAGUGGACAGACAUGCGCCCCGUUUGCGUCCGAUACCGGGUCCAUCGUUGCGGGCCAUCGACUGGUCUGGCUCGGAUUGCGACAUGUCCUGGAUAUGCCUGCUAAUAUUUAUUCUCGCACUAUGUUUCGUCAUCCCUCUGGUGUAUGUCAUCUAUCUGGCGGAGCAUCCACAUCACACCCACAGCACACCAUAGUUGACAGUGGGAAAAAUGAAACGAAGUGAUCAUCAUUCCAAAUGUGCUAAUUGAAAUGAUAUGAUAGGAAAUCACAAAACUCCAAAAUAAUACGAAAACACCCUCAAUCACUCUCUUGGCUCUGGAGGAUCGCAUUUUGAAUGUAAUUGGGAGCAAUAUAAUUUAUUUUUUUAUAUAAAUAUACACGCAUAGAAAUAAAAUACCAAUUGUGACUUGUACAAAUCGUAUAAUAUUAGAGAUGAUACCAUAUUGAAUUAAUUAAUUUAUAUUCCCAUUGCCCAAAUUAUUUUAAAUUGUGAAUCAUUUGAAAUUACGUAUUUAUAAAUCUCAACUGGCAGCCGGUAGAUAGAAUCGAUGUAAUAAAGCUGUGAACAGGUAAACAAUAAAUAGUAACACUCAA